UGGUAAAGGGAAGGCAUCAAUGAAGCCAAGUAUAGCUCUUGUAUUUUUGUCUGAAAAACCAGUGUUUUUAAUUAUUUAUUUGUAUAAAAGUAGUUUUUAUUAGACAAAAAAAAAUAAUUACAUCUUUUCUAUAACACUUUAUAAAUUUUGGAGUUCUUUUACGAGCAACGAAUACAUCAAAACAAACAAUUUACAGUUUAGGUUAGGAGUACAUCAAGUGUGCAGUAUUUACAUAUAUUUGCUUGCAAAUAUAGCUGUAACAUUUAUGAAAUAAUGUGCAACAAAAUUUUUAAGUUGUUUUAUUUGUAAACAAAAUAUGAAUCGAUCCCGAGAAAUCAUUAAAAAUCAUUUGAUGUUCAAACAAGUUUAUAGAUAUUAUGGAGCUGUAAGAGAGGAAACUUAUUAUGAUGUUCUAGGCAUAUCAAAAGAUGCAUCUAAACAAGAUAUUCGAUUAGCUUAUUUAAAGCUCUCCAAGGAGAAACAUCCGGAUAAAAAUUUUCAACAAAGUAAAGAGAGCCAUACUCAUUUUGUCAAAAUAAAUGAAGCGUAUAAUGUUUUAAGCAAAACUGAUUUAAAAGCACAAUAUGAUGACAAGUUAAAAUAUGGCUAUGGUAACAGCAAUAGAGUAAGAGUUUAUAGGACAUCGUCUUCUCCUGGAUCUGAGGAUUUUAAUAUGUACGACACAUAUUACAAUACUACAAUCCAUGCAAACAGAAGAAAUGUUAGAUAUAAAUAUAAAUAUGGAAACAGAUUUGGAAGAGAAUUCACAAAAACUCAACUUGUUUUUCUUUGUAUUUUCAUAUGGAUUUUUGGAAAUGUUUUUCACGUAUGGGCAGUAAUGAAGUCACCAACGUUCAAUAGAAAAGCACUUCUUGAAAGAUCUCAGAAGUUUAGUGCCGAAGAAAAAAAAGUACGCCAAAGAGCUCAUGAAAAUGGAAAGAUGUAUAAUGAUAAUGCUGCAAUAGCACUUGCAUUAUUAGCAGGAUUAGAAAAAGACGACGAUCUAAAGGACGAUGAUAAAACAAUAUUAUCAGAUGAUUUGUAAUCAAUAUAAUGAGAGUGAAAAGUUAUGAAUAUGUAGCAAUAAAUGUAUAUUAAUAUAUAUAUAGUUACUUUGAUGUAAAAUUAUGUAAUUAUAAUAUUUAUUUAAAAAAUGUACAAAAGAUUUACUAUUACAGAGAUAAAUAUUCGUUGUAAAGUUGAAUAAUUUA